AUGCCGGCGUUGUCUCAAGUAAUGGAUCAUCGUCAAGAUGUGCGGAUAUUUAAGCGAGCGCAUGAUGGUCCAGUCACGUGCAUGAUCGUGCAUGAAUCACAUCAACAUCAAUACCUGCUAUCAGGAGGUCGCGAUGGUGCCGUCAAAAUAUGGAAUUUGGUAGAUGGGAAAUACGUGGUAUCAUUUACAGUGCAUGCCUUGGCUGUCAAGUCGUUCAUCGAGCCAGCUGAACAAAACGAUACAAGGAUACGAGGAUGUGUCGUGUCUGUUGCAAAAGACAAUUCUGUGGCACUUAUUUCAGUGGAUUCAAUGACCUGCUUAUUCAUGUUCCCGGGACAUGCAUACCCCUUAUCGGCCAUCCAAUGGCGUACAGCCGAAGACUACCUUGUCCUUGGAUACAGUGAUGAAGCAGCAUUUGUGUGGCAGAUUGCAGCAGGAUCGUUGGAUCGUGUGCUUCAUGGGAAACAAAGCAAAGUGAUUCUGGAGGAUGACAGAUGGCCUAUCAAUGAUCUUUCUACAGCCACAACGCCUAAACCUGUCAACGGACACAAGCAUAAUGCUACUAUGCGUUCCAUUGUAUCGACCAACCAAGCUUUACAAACAACCACCCAUUUUGCACAUGUUUUCAUUUUCAACAUACGACGCCUCGUACACGACUUGUAUGCAAGAUAUGAACGUACUCGCAACCACGAAAUGUCUGAUUUAGUCGUCCCACCCACUCCUCAGCAAUCAACAUCUUCGGCCUCUUAUGAUGCAGUAGUACCUGAUAUAGCCAACUUUCGACCUGAUAAGGAUGAUCCACUUGACCAUUCCAUCAGCGAAGAUGAUGCCAGCAUGCAAGCCGGUGGAAUCGACUUGAAGAAACGACUAGAACUUGUAUCAGCGAUCAUGAGUACGAGUAUCUCUUGGAACGUCAGCCAAGCAUUUGAAGAUAUAUGUUGUACUACCCUGGCGCUAUCAAGGCAAACAAGGCACGAUGCAAUCAGCUUUGGGCUUAAAGGGGCAAACGGUUACUUGUCACUCUUGGCGCCGAUACCCGAGGAAAAGGAUACUUGGAAGGUAUCGCAGGUGAUGACAGCUUCCAGGCUACUUUCAGUGGCAUUGUUGGCAAAGGCCAUUAUCUUUAUUACCGGCCAAGAAGCAAAGGCGUCUGAUCUUAUAGCUGGUUAUGCGAUGGCCCUCCCUCCUGUAAUAGGCGACAGCUAUUGUUUCCCAUCACUCUCUCUUUUAAGCAAGUACUGGCAAGAUCACUCUGCCCGAUCCCUAUUUUCCAGUGCUGUGACAGGAUUGAAAGAAGAUGAAACCAUGGCAAUGAUUGCUUAUUGGGAGAAUUAUUUACCAACAUCUAGUUCACCCGACAACCAUAAUCCUCACAUGAUGGCGCGUGCAACCAUUGUUCUUGGUAUUAUGGGAUGUGAUCAACCACAAAUGCUAAAUUCAGGCGUACGCAAAUACACCGCCCUUAGUCUUGCGCUCUUACUGUCGGAUUCAGAUUUGGAUGACCCCAAGGCUCAUGGCACUGAUCCAUCCACAGCCUCUGUCGCUCGUACUCUUGCCUCUAUGGAGCUCUUAAGUCAGGGAUUCAGCACAUGGGAAUCGUAUAUCAAUGUUGCCGAAGUCUUAAGGACCAUGUUUGUAUAUGCUUUGGAUCCACAGCCAGCAGUGAGUCGAGGAGCCAACAAUGCAAUUUUCCAAAUCGCUGCCACCAACAUGCCUUUGGUCAUUGGUACUUUGACUUAUGAUACGACACGGGCCAAAAAGACAUCUGAACGCAUUCGUUGCUUAAAGAUCAUUGGCACAUUUAUUCGCAAGAAACCCAUAUUACUUUUUGGUGAUGUGCAUCGCGUUGUGGAAGCCGUUGUCAAGACACUCGAUCCCAAUGUCCCACAUCUUCGAGAGAACAUGCUUCCUACGGCAACAGCUGUGCUGCACAGCUUGGUUAAAAGUUAUCCAUUUGUGGAUUUCAGCAAUAGCGCCCAAAAAUUGGCAGUUGGUACGCUUGAAGGUGCUUGUGUUAUUUAUGAUUUACGCACUGCAACUCGUUCAGUGGUUCUCGAGGGACAUACGGGAGCCAUUGCAGCCUUAGCUUUUUCACCUGAUGCCAAAUACGUUGCCACAAGUUCGUUAGAAGACAAGACGGUCCGAGUAUGGUAUUCGAACAUCAGCCUACUUGGCGUAUUAACCAGCAGCCUAUCGCAAGGACUUACACGUCAUGGCGAAGGAGAUGCACAAAAGGCGUACAAGGUGUUUGCAUUUGCACUACCUCUUGUUAUUACGGAUCCCCAUCAACAGUUGCAACAGGUUCACUUUGAAUGGACAUCGCAACGUUGCGUCAAGCUGCAUAUCAAGGAUUUGGUGAUGAGUUUCAAUGUAUAA